CCUCUCCUUAUCAUUUUUCUCUCUCAAGUUGCCAACUUUCUCUCUCUUCAGUUUUUUCCCCUAAGCUCUCUCUUUCUCUCUCUAGAAUCCAGCUCCUUUUUGUUGCUCAAUCUUCAAUUGGAUUCUCUUAAUGUCAGGGAAAAGAAGGAGAAAGCUGAAAUCGUUAGUUGAUACAAUUAAUGACAAUAAAAGGUUGGCAAUUGAGGUGAAAAAUGAAAAUUUAGAACUACAAACUUGGUCUGAUCUCCCUGCGGAACUCUUAGAGUUAAUCUUAUCUCGUUUAGCUCUAGACGAUAAUGUUCGUGCAUCUGUUGUUUGCAAGAGAUGGCAUCCCGUUGCUAUUGCUGUCCGCAUCGUAAACCAAUCACCAUGGCUGAUGUAUUUUCCGAAAUUUGGUGAUUUGUAUGAAUUCUAUGACCCGGUGCAGCGGAAGACUUACUCUGUUGAGUUGACCGAAUUGAGUGGAUCUAGAGUUUGUUACACAAAAGAUGGUUGGUUACUGCUAUACCGCCCCAGAACUCACCAAGUGUUCUUCUUUAAUCCGUUUACUCGAGAAGUGAUCAAAUUGCCAAGAUUUGAGAUGACAUACCAGAUAGUAGCCUUCUCUUGUGCUCCAACAUCGCCUGGCUGUGUUUUAUUUACCGUUAAGCAUGUUAGCCCCACAAUCGUGGCUAUUAGCACAUGUUAUCCUGGGGCAACAGAAUGGAAAACGGUUAAUUACCAAAAUCGCUUGCCUUUUGUUAGUAGCAUAUGGAAUAAGCUUGUGUUUUGUAAUGGACUCUUUUAUUGCCUAAGUCUCACAGGUUGGCUAGGGGUUUUUGACCCAUCUGAACGCAGUUGGAGUGUUCUUUCUGUCCCUCCUCCAAAGUGCCCGGAGAAUUUUUUCGCCAAAAAUUGGUGGAAAGGAAAAUUUAUGACAGAGCAUAAUGGAGAUAUCAUAGUAAUUUAUACAUGUUCCAGUGAAAAUCCCAUUCUUUUUAAGUUAGAUCAGUCAAUAAUGGAAUGGGAAGAGAUGAGAACACUGGAUGGAGUAACCCUUUUUGCCAGUUUCUUAUCAUCUCAUUCAAGGAUUGACCUUCCAGGAAUGAUGAGAAACAGCGUGUACUUCUCUAAAGUUCGAUUUUAUGGAAAGCGUUGCAUAUCAUUCUCCGUCGAUGACUAUAGAUACUAUCCUCGGAAGCAGUGCCACGAUUGGGGCGAACAAGACCCGUUCGAGAACAUUUGGAUUGAACCGCCAAAGGACUUCUCUGGCUUCACAUGAAAGAAUUUUAGUGAGAAAAGUAAGCAUUUCCAUUAUAGUCAUGUACAAUGCUAUUUGUUAUCAUGCAGUUUCUAACUUGUAUAACAUUUGGAUGUGCACAAUAAACCAGCUUAUGUUUAUGCUUUAUUAAGUAAUCAUGUAUACUAGGAACUUUUUGUCGA